UCCUGAUCACAUGCGCUCAUCUCCUCUCUCCCCCCACCCCACCCGAGCCCUUUAAAUAGCCUUAUUACACCAAGAAUUCAUUUGUACUACAGGAGGGAGAGAGGGAGCAAACAAAGAGAGGGAGGGAGAUUUGACAGACAAAAGUACCACUGUAGUGCCGGAGGGCGGGGGUCUGGGAACCAUGAUGGCUCUGUCAGAGCCAGCAAACUCCAGGGAUAGCUAGGGACAGGGGACGUGCAUUUGAAUCAAUAGUGCUCUACAAAUGUUCUGUACUAGCAGGCAGGACUGGGGAGGGAGUGGAGAGCCUGGGAUGAGAAGACUCCAGUGCUCCGGUGAUGGCAUGGACCGGACACUUCUCCAGUGGCUGUGUUACCUACCUCUUAUCUCUGUCACCGUCCAGUACCCCCAAGGUGCCAGGGAACAAGACUGAUGUGGAGCGGCUGUUAGCAAGCCGAGUUCGUUGCUGGCAUAAAUGAGUGCAGCUCCACUGAUGCUGAAAGAGCUACCAUCAUUUACACAAACCGCGGGUUUGUCCUGACACUUGUAAGCACACUCCUAUGUAGGUGUGGGGGGAGCAGGAGGCCUGUUAACCAUGGCAGAGUAACCUGGGACAUUCAGACCUCUAAUGACAAAGCAGGUUCCUGGAUUUAUUCUGUGCCUAAAAUCUCAAGGACAAUGUAAAUCUCAAUAUCCCUCAUUUUAGAGAUGGGGAAUUGAGGCACUCCGAAGAGAAGUGAUUUGCUCAAGUUGACAAGAAAGUUACCGACAGAAUCAGGAACAGAAACCAGGCAAACCAUGGCUGGAGACUCUAGGAUCUUCAUGGACCAGGACAUGGAUAUUGGAGUCACAUCCAGGGAGUCCAAGAAGAUGCAUAAACAACCGCGAGACUUUGUCCCUAUUGCCACCGACCGAACUCGCCUCCUGGCACCCGAAGUCAAGAAGCCACGCCAGCGGUACAUGGAGAAAAGUGGCAAGUGCAACGUGCACCAUGGAAAUGUCCAAGAAACCUACCGGUACCUUAGUGACCUCUUUACUACACUGGUGGACCUCAAAUGGCGUUUUAACCUUCUUGUCUUCACCAUGGUCUAUACCAUCACUUGGUUAUUUUUUGGCUUCAUUUGGUGGCUUAUUGCCUACAUCCGAGGAGACCUGAACCAUCUUGAAGAUGAGAACUGGAUUCCUUGUGUGGAAAAUCUCAGUGGAUUUGUCUCUGCAUUUCUGUUUUCCAUUGAAACCGAGACAACCAUUGGGUACGGCUAUCGGGUCAUCACCGAGAAGUGCCCUGAGGGCAUUGUACUGCUCCUGAUACAGGCUAUCCUGGGCUCCAUAGUCAAUGCGUUCAUGGUGGGGUGCAUGUUUGUCAAGAUCAGCCAACCAAAGAAGAGAGCUGAGACCCUCAUGUUUUCCAACAAUGCUGUGAUUUCCGUGAGGGAUGAGAAGCUCUGUCUAAUGUUCCGGGUUGGGGACCUCCGGAAUUCACACAUCGUCGAGGCGUCCAUUAGAGCCAAGCUGAUUAAGUCCAAACAGACCAAAGAAGGGGAGUUUAUCCCCUUGAACCAAACAGACAUCAAUGUGGGCUUCGACACUGGGGAUGACAGGCUGUUCUUGGUGUCACCACUCAUCAUCUCACAUGAGAUUAAUGAGAAGAGCCCCUUCUGGGAGAUGUCACGUGCCCAGCUGGAGAAGGAAGAGUUCGAAAUUGUGGUCAUCUUGGAAGGGAUGGUUGAAGCAACAGGGAUGACAUGCCAGGCCCGGAGCUCCUACAUGGACAAAGAAGUGCUGUGGGGACAUCGCUUCACUCCUGUCCUCACCCUCGAGAAGGACUUUUAUGAAGUGGACUACAACAGCUUCCACAACACCUACGAAACCAACACGCCUGCGUGCUGCGCCAAAGAGCUGGCUGAAUCUCUCCAGGAGGGCCGGCUCCUCAGACACCUCUCCAAUGCCACCCUCCUGAGUGGGGGCGGAGAAGCAGAAAUGGCCAAAAAGGAGAAAGAGGAGGAAGAAGAUGAUGGAAAGGAGCCAGCUGGGUUAAAUGGAGCCAAUGGGACAGCAGGAGAGGUGAAGCCAGACGUAUCUGUAUAACACGAGGAUCUGUGCUGGACACUGGACAAUACAGAUACUUUUUUUUACAGGGGUUGUGUUUGGUCCAGUGAGGAAAGCACUGGACUGGGAAUCAGGAGACCUGGGUUCUGUUUCCAGCUUUGCUGCUGACCUGCUGUAUGACCUUGGGCAAAUCACUUCACACACCCAUGUCGGUUUUCCCCACCUAUAAUGUGGGAAAUCUGAUACUUUACGCACCUUUGCAAAGCACUUUGAUAUCAAAUAGACAAGGCUCACUAGCUAGGGGGUAUUAUUACCGUUGAAGUUCCCCCACUGAUCGCUUUAAAAGACACUCAUCGGAUUUUCAAAAUUAUUUCCCUUUCAGGAGGUAUUAAAAAAAAAAUACAAAUGUCAAACCUCCCAGCUAAGUAAGAAGAAUGUAGUUAAUUUACAACUCAAUGCAUUGUAGACAUUGUUACUACUAAAUUAAAGGAGGAAAAAAAUCUCUCCUGCAUCCAGUGAA